AAUGAAGGAAAAAGAACCGCAGAUGCAUUUUUCGAACACGAACUAAAUGCAUACGUUGCGCAGUAGGAAUGCGCGAUAAACUGACAACAGCAAUCAAUUCACCAAUUUCUAUAUUUUUCCUCACCUUUUUUCUUCCGAUGAAUUGUUUAUGAGAGGACUUUCGACUUAAUUUGAAAAUAUUCGAAAUAAAAAAUUUUCCAUGAUCACUGCCGUGAUUUUUUACGUUUAACAAUGCUGAUUUUCACACUUCUCUUGUUGUUUUUUGUAAAUUCUUUGGACUAUAGUUAUGGCUCUCAACAGCUAACAGAUGAUGAUUUUACUUAUUCUACGGAAAAGGCCUUUCAAGUCAUUGAAGAAAUAUCAAAGAAUAAUGAUGAGUCCAAAAAUCGAUCUACUGAGGACAGAGACAAUUAUGAUUCCUCAGUAUCGACAAAAGGGGAUUGGUAUCCGACGUAUCACCUGUCUCCGCCCAAAGGCUGGAUGAAUGACCCUAAUGGACUAAUAGAAUUCAAAGGUUAUUAUCACGCCUUCUAUCAGCACAACCCUUCUGAGCCAGUAUGGGGCGACAUGCAUUGGGGUCACGCCCGAAGCAAGAACCUCAUCGAAUGGGAACACCUCCCGGUAGCACUGGGGCCAUCCAUCGAUGAAGACAGGGAUGGCUGUUUUUCUGGAUCAGCCGUGGACGACAGAGGCACUUUGACCUUAAUAUAUACGGGAAACGUUUUCCUGGAAAACGACCAACUUCAUCAAGUGACGUGCCUGGCUACCAGUAACGAUACCAUAAACUUCACAAAACUGGGAAAGGUCAUGGAUCCGCCGAAAGGUGUACAGCACUUUCGCGAUCCAAAGGCUUGGCGGGCUGACAACAGGUGGUAUGUAGUGAUGGGCACCCGAGAUGGUGACCUUGGUGAGGCACAUUUAUACCAAUCUGAAGAUCUUCGCCAAUGGGAAUUCGUGCAAGUUCUCGCUAAGGCAGAUAUUGGACAAGGGUACAUGUGGGAGUGUCCGGACUUCUUUCCAAUUGACGACAAAUAUUUGCUGGUACUUUCACCGCAGGGAAUGCCAAAGAUAGGCUACAAGAAUCGAAAUCUUUAUCAGAGUGGUUACUUCUUAGGCAAAUGGAACUCUGGUGAUUAUUUUCAGAUUGAGCAGAAUUUCACUGAGAUGGACAACGGACAUGAUUUUUACGCCCCACAAACAUUCUUAACAUCUGAUGGCAGAAGGAUUGUCGUCGGUUGGAUGGAUAUGUGGGAAUCCCCCUUUCCAGAGAAUGUUUUCGGUUGGUCCGGGAUGUUCUCUUUGCCACGCGAACUUACACUGGCUAAGGAUGGCACACUUUUGAUCGAGCCAGUGAGAGAAAUCGAAGACUUUCGAGGAAAGGAGGAUCAUUUGAACAGAACAGUCCUAAACAAGUCUUUUCUGAAAAUACACGAUGACGCCACAGCAAUGGAAAUCGUUAUGACCUGGGACGUGAAAUCCAGCGAUGCGGAGACAUAUGGCCUCCGUCUUGGCGACGCCAACCUCACAGACGGUGGUCUUUAUCUCUAUGUUGACACACAAGCACGACGGUUGACUUUGGACAGGCGAUAUCUUCAGCAUUCUUUGAGUGGUUAUCGAAGCAUUCCCCUCACAGGGAUAGACACAUUAUCUCUGCGGGUCUUUUUGGACCACUCAUCGGUGGAAGUUUUCGUAGAUGGAGGGAGAAAAUGCAUGAGUAGUCGCAUCUACCCAGAAAAGGACCAAAGAGAGUUGUCGGUAUUUGCAAACAAUGGUCAAGCUGUUCUUGAAAACUGUUCUUGGUGGCCGAUCAAAGUGGACAAUAUAAACUGAGAAAUGGCUCGAACACCCUUAUUAGCACAAAAUGCCGAAUAACAUUGUUACAAUAUCUUUCCGAUAUUGGCAGGCAUUCAGUUCAUUGUAUAAUGUCGUGGGAAUAUCAUACAAUAUAGCUAAUAGAGACAAUUCUUGUUUAAAAAUGGCAAUUGAACCUUCUUAAAACUCUCUUGAGAACUCUUUUUAACCCUGAGCAAUCAACAAGAGCCCGGAGAAGAUUAUUACAAUGUGAUGUAAGUUCAAUUCCGUGUGCAGUCUCAGAUUUUCUUCAGACAGUUUAAUUUCUUUUAAAAUUUCUUAUUUUACUUCUAAAAUUUCAAUUCAAAAUAAUAUUACACUAUUUUUUUAAAAAAGAAAUCUUUACAUUUAUUUUGUAUUAUUAAGAAUAAAAUGGGUGCAUUCGACAAGUGACAAAAUUGUAAAAUACAAUCCGUGUAAAAGUGGGAUAAUUUUCUUCCCAUAUCUUGUGGUGGAUUGUAGAGAAUUUUUGUUAAAGAAUCAACGCGAAAAAGGAUUUUGAGAAAUCUGAAAUAACUUUCAGCUUUUUGAAUGAUUCAAUCCGAGAUAUCGGCAACUUGGUCUUGAUCUUAUUCUUUUUAUCUUAUACAAUUCCAUCUUUCUGAAAGAUAUAAUUGCAGUGGAGAUGACCGACUCGUUAUGUGUUCAAAUGUUUCUUUCCCAAAGUACUGGCAAAAGAUGCAAUUGCUGUAAUUUACUGCUAUUGCAUUAACUGUAAUUAUAUUGCUGUAAUUUAUUGCUAUUAAAUAUUAUUACUGCUUAA